GUGAGGAAGUCAAACGUGUUUGAGUUGAGGUGGCCGAUGUGAAAGCCCUGUUUCAUAGUACGUGGUUUAAGACAUAAUUGUAGACUACUGGGAUGGAGAAUGACACCCUCGUCUCUCUUGAAGAUUUAGGGUACCAAGGUCCUCUUUUGGAGGAAGGAGCUCUGGAUUCUGCUGUGAAUGGAGGUGCAGCUUCACCUGAGUUUACUAAGCUCUGUGCCUGGAUUGUCUCAGAGCUUAGACUCUACUGCAAGUUGGAGGAGAAUGUCCACGCCACUAACUGUCCAAGCGAGGCAGAGAGCUUCCAGUUGGAGAUGAGUGGUCUGCUGUCAGAGCUUGCCUGUCCUUAUUCUGUCCUUACCAGUGGAGACAUCACUCAGCGGUUCCUCAACAGGACAGACUGUCUGCUGCUUCUCACCUUUCUGGUAUCAGAGCUGGAGGCAUCAAGGAUGAUCCUGGUUAACAAGCCUCAGAAGAAAGCCCAGGAGUCAGGCAGCCCUGUGUUCCAGGAACUGAAGGGCAUCUGCAUGGCGCUGGGCAUGUCCAAGCCUCCUGCCAACAUCACCAUGUUCCAGUUCUUCAGUGGAAUUGAAAAGAAGCUGAAAGAAGCCAUAAGUCGAGUCCCACCAAAUCACAUAGGAGAGCCUUUGAUGAAAAAGACCCUUGGACCUGUGCACUUGGAAAAAAUAGAAGCUAUAAACCAAGCAUUAGUGAAUGAGUAUGAAGUCAGAAGGAAGAUGCUGCUGAAACGUCUUGACGUCACAGUUCAGUCUUUUGGUUGGUCUGACAGAGCGAAGACACAUGCUGAGAAGUUGGCCAAAGUUUACCCGCCUCUGCGAUCUGCCCUCUGCACCACAAGUAAAACAUCUGUUGCCCAUCUUCUUGCUGCUCGACAAGACUUCUCUAAGAUCCUACGCACAAGCAGUGGCAAGAUAAGAGAGAAGACUGCUUGUGCUAUUAACAAGGUUCUAAUGGGCAGAGUGCCAGACAGGGGAGGCCGACCCUGCGAGAUUGAGCCUCCUCCACCAGAGAUGCCUACCUGGCAGAAGCGUCAGGAUGCUCCCCAGGGCGGUGGACACUAUGGCGGGGGUGGGCACGGAGGCAGCAGGGGGGGCUACGAUCACUACUCCCAAGGUGGCCGUGGAGGCUACGAGAGAGGAGGAGGACAUGGAGACAGGGGAGGAAGAGGUGGAGGCAGCAGAGGGGGGAAGGUGCAGGGAGGCUGGGGAGAAAGAGAUGGAGGAGGAAGAGGCGUUUACCACCAGGGCCACUAUCAGGAUGCAGGAGGUCAUCAUGGGGGAGGAGGGAGAGGUGGUUAUGGAGGAGGAGGAGGGAACAACCAAGGAGGCUUCCAGGACCCUGGGUAUCACGGAGGAGGAGGUGGUUACCAUGACAACUACCACCAAGAUGCAGGCUGGCAUCAGGAGAGAGGUGGGGGUCGAGGAGGUCGCGGGGGCAGGGGAAGGGGAGGCCGAGGCGGAGGCGGAGGACAAGGCGGGGGCUGGGGAGGGAGAGGGGGCUCGAAUUUUAACCAAGGAGGACAGUUUGAACAGUUCUUCCAACACGCAGGCCAGCACUACAACCAAGCUGGCUUUAAUCAAAGCAGACACUACACUAGUUGAAGACAGUGUGGGGUAUUUCAGCAGAGUCCACACGAAGAUUGACUCCUUAUCAUUGGUGAAUGGAUUUCAAAUGCCUUAUUAUCCUAACUUAAAUUUUACAGCAUGAGAUUCUAGGACAUACACUCAUACAGACCCGUAUACAUUCACUGUAGACUGUUUUGGAAUUAUUGCUGUACCUCAGAGGGUAGACCUUUUGCUUUUUCAUCCUGGUGUCUUUAUGUUUUCUUUGCUUCCUAUGUAGUAUUCAAGCCAACAGCUGUGCUAUAAAUGGUUAGUUGAUAAGUUGGACUAGUUGAUAAGUUAGUUGAUAAGUUGGACUCUGCUGUUUUGACCUCAUUUUGCCACUUAAUUAGCCUUAUAUUGGACAUUGUUUCUUUUUUUUUUUUUUUUGGAAAGAUAGCGAAAGUUCCUAAGGUUUCAAUGUUGGUGCACCUACUGACAUAAGAAGUGAACGUCAGUAUUAAGAUGUAUGAUUCUUGAAAUUCUGGUAGUUAAGUUGAAUUUGAAAAUUCAUUGAAAAACGGUUUCCAGUCCCAUUUUCUUUCAGUAAAUUUAACUGGAAUCGCCUUUGUUACUUAUUUAAAAGAUGUCAGCUUUUGCCCAUGGAAGAUGUGUGUGCAUACAUGUUGGAUGUUGGAAGGUUUGCAUGGAUGUGUAAAUACGCAAAAUAAAAUCUGAAAUGAGAUUA